AUGGAGUCGACGUCGUCUACGUCUUCGGCGUGUUGUUCGCGCUCGAAGCUAUUGAACAGCCCAAGUCUUGAUGAUGUCCUCAGUGAGCCAUCGCAGGAUGAUGAGCAGCAGGACUUCUGCUUCAGAUAUCCCAGCUACAUGUUUCCCGAGAUCCAAUACGAUAAGGACGAUGUUCCCUUAUCCUUUAAGGCCACACCCGAUACGCUCUUCAAUUUGUGCGCUGCCGUUGUGGAUGCACAGGCCCGCACUGAGGUCUUCAAGUGGAGCAUCAAUGAUGUGGCCGAUUGGUUGCGGAACUUCGGAUAUCCAGAGUAUGAGCAAACCUUUCGCGAAAACUACAUCGAUGGCCAUAAGCUGCUUAAUUUGGACGCCAUCUCAUUAGUUGCGCUCAAUAUUCGAGACUUCGAGCAUAUACGACAUCUGGGAAGAGGCAUACGGGCGCUAUAUCGCAAGGAGCUCCAGACGGCCACUGAAACGAAGCAACAGAGUGAGGUUUACAAGUCUUUUCGCUCCCGCACCGGUCGCUCGUAUGAAGGAUUACGUGAGACAGAGUUGUUGGGUCGCAUGCAUAUGUUACAAUCGGUAUUUCGAGAUGUGAAUCAUUGGGACCUCAUGGAACUACAUUUGGCACGUACGCCUGUUAGACGCUAUCGAGAGGUGCUGGCUGGCUCUAGGCGCUACAAUCUGUACGGACCAUCGACAGCCCGUAGGGAACCCAUCAUAGUGGACGAUGUUGACACAUCGACCUGGUACACCUUUGAAGACUGCUAUUGA